AUGGCCACCACCCCGGCCACGGCUACCCACGGCCGCGGCGGCAUCUUCAACCACCGCCGCCGCGUCGCCGUCGCCCCCGCCCACCACAUUCACCACACUCAUCACACCCACACAGCCGUCGUGGCGCCCGUCCACCACCAGAAGCGCCACGCCUCGCUCGGCGACAAGCUCUCCGGCGCGCUGCUGCGGCUCAAGGGCUCGCUGACGGGCCGCCCGGGGCAAAAGGCUGCCGGCACUCGUCGCAUGCGCGGCACCGACGGGCGGGGCUCGAGGCGCGCGCGGAGACGCUUCUUUUAG